AUGGAUGAAUCAAUUAUGACGACUAUCAUAUAUGAUGAUGAAUAUAGUUUUGAAGAGAAGGUCAAAUUGAUUUCAAGGGUGAAUCAAAACUUUAUUAAGAAAAAUCAAGAAUUGCUCGAUAGUAAGCAACAAAUCAUUAAUGAACAGACUCAAUUGAUUAAAUUUCAACAAAAGUUACUUGAUAUGUUACAAGAGAAACAAUUUGGUAAAUGUGUCUGCGCAUGUGCUAAUAGGGUAGAGAAUGAUGGGUCAGGGAAUGAUUUGAUCGAAUUGUUUGAUGACGAAACGGUCAUUUCCAAUAAUUCUCGCGGUAAAUUGUUGACGGGCUAUGAAGGAAAAUAUAGUCAUUAUAUAAAGGGUAUAAAGCCUUGUUAUAAAGUAUAUAUUGGAAACUUGCCACCGCAUAUUUCAAUGUUUCAGCUAAAGAAGUUUCUUAACGAGCAAUUUGGUAAUGUUGAUUAUAUCUAUAAGGUUGUUCCCAACAGUACUUUCUUCUUUAAACCGAAACUCUAUAAAAAUGUUUUCCCCGAUUAUAAACGAAUCAAUAAUAAGGAACAAGAAGAAUGCAGUAGCGAAGAAAAAGCGAAUAUAAUCGUACAAUUAAAUGAACAACUUAAAAUGUUACUUGAGAACAGACAACAGAUCAUUAAUGAUCAAGCCAAAUUAAUUUUGUACCAACAAAGGUUACUGGAGAUGAAAGUUAUACAAGAAAGUAAUGAGAAUAAGAAUAAAAUCGUCGUGAAUGAAAGCCUAGAUGGUAUCAGUAAUGUGACGAUUUCCAAGGAUAAUAAUAAGAUCGAAUUGAAUCUUAAUGUCGCUAAAUCAAAGAAUGAUGAACGGCUGAGUGUGAUAAAUCAUAAUGAGGACAAGAGAGUUGAUGACAACAAUAUCUUAAAACCACUCUAUAAAGUUUUCAUUAGAAAAUUACCACAAAACAUUGAAAUCGUUCAAAUAAAGAAUCGCUUAAAUGAAAUGUUUGGUCACGUUGACUCGGUGUAUAAAUUGAUUCCGGAACAAGCGCUUUCUCAGGGAUCCAUUAAAUUUCAAGAAAAAUUUCUUCAUUUACAUAACGCUCAUGAUCGGGAAAAUGGUUCAACAGGCGAGCCGUGUGACCCAAAUGGUAAGUUCUCAAGCUUCGUCUUGAUGGCUCUCACAUUCCUCGCGACCAUUGUGUGGGCCCUUCCUGCCCCACAAGGUUUAAAGGAGUAUGAUUACUGA